CACUUGUUCGAGACGACUGUUGAUUCGUUGAUAAUCAAUGCCAUAAAGUAUUCCAUCACCAUGGAAGAUGUAGCGUGGAAGUGCACGGCGGCGUUCGUGCUGGGCGCCGCAACACACUACUUCGUCUCCUCGUACAUGCUGACGGACAGCACAUCGCCUCCCAAGUCCUUGAGCAGUAGCAGCGACAACAGCAACGAAGAUGCCGCGGAGCCGCGCUCGGGCGCUUCGUCUCGAUCCUCAUCCGGCUCCUCGGAUGACUGGGAGGGCGAGGACUCCGUAAGUUGGGUGCCCCACAAGAUGGUUAUGUGCGUGCGUACAGAUCUGAAAAUGGGCAAAGGUAAAGUUGCGGCGCAAUGCUGCCACGCGACGCUGGGCGCUUAUAAGCGUGCGCUUAAGCGGACGCCAGACGCAGUUCGGGCGUGGGAAAUGCUGGGUCAGGCGAAGGUCUGCCUCAAGGUGGACUCAGAGGAGGAAAUGCUCGCUCUGGCCGAGAAAGCGGCAGAGCACGGACUCGUUAAUUACGUCGUGGUUGACGCUGGCAGGACGCAGAUUGCACCGGAGAGCAAGACGGUGCUGAGCAUUGGCCCGGCGCCACUGAAGGAGAUCGACGAGAUCACGGGCCACCUCAAGCUCAUGUGAGCGUGAAUUAUGCAGAAUAACGAGUUAACCGAUAUGCAUAACUCAACCGAGCAACGUUAGUUAAGGGGUGCUUUACAGUUUAUUUCCCUUCCUGCUUUGAUGACAGGAGAUGGAAGAUAUUUACUGCUCUAAAGCGUGUCUACCGAGUCGUAUUGCGAGCGGCUUUUGAGAACCCCAAAGUGUCGGAGUAUGAACACGGUUAACAAAACGCACAACGCUGCGACGCCAGUCGCUAGUGCUGUGGCUCCAAUUGUCAUCAACACGUUGUUCGUUGCAAAAUUGUCCGAGGCGCUGGAACCAGAGGCUGCCACAGGCGAGACGGAAGUGUAGUCGUUGUCAGACAUCAUCGUUUGAGCCGUGUCAACGCAGGCCAGAUACUGGUCCUUAGUCGUCCACCACUUGAGCGUACACAACGUUUUGGCGUGGCAAACUGCGUCCUUGCAAGGCCGAGCAUUGGGCGACCGCGCCUUCAUGUUCCAGUAGUAAUCCUCCACCAAGCUCGCGUUCUGCUCCACACGGUGCACAAAGGACGAGAGCUCGGGCAAAGAUAGCGACUUGAGACUGUAUGCCUCGCUCGCCUUAAACAAGAGCUUCCAGUCGAGUUGAGGCUCGAUCUCAGCGAUGUUGGAAGCGUACACAGCAUAGUCUAGCACCUCGUAUGUCUCGAUAUCGUAGUCCCAGACCAUGAAAGAUGGGUUGUUGCCAAAAAGCGGCGAGAUCGAGCCCG